CAUGGCCAUACUCCACCUCAUAAAUGAAUAGAUCCUACAUGCAGUCUCAUAACUGAACAAUUACAAGAGACGAAGAAAAAAGAAAUUUCAAACGGGAUCAAAGAUUCAAGAAAGAGAAAAUGAUUGAAAAUUUUGAGAAACCAAUCACCACCAACGAGGAUGCGAAGAAAUUAUUAACAAUUACCAAAAUUGGCGACGGAAGAGGAGAGGAAUCGGAGCUAGAGGAAGGAAAAAUCUUGGGUGUGGAGUACUCAGAAGAUCCGGCGUCGGAGCCCAUGAAAACUCCGUAUUCAAAGCACCCAUUGCAGUACUCGUGGACAUUCUGGUUCGAUACCCCCUCCGCCAAAUACAAGCAGACCGCUUGGGGCAGCAACAUUCGACCCGUCCACACUGUCUCCUCUGUGGAAGACUUCUGGAGUGUUUACAAUAAUGUAUACCGGCCAAGCAAAUUGGUAGUUGGAGCAGACUUUCAUUGUUUCAAAAAUAAAAUUGAGCCAAAAUGGGAGGAUCCUGUUUGUGCCAAUGGGGGAAAGUGGACUGUGUGUUUUGCUCGGGGCAAAUCUGAUGUUUGUUGGCUCUAUACGCUACUGGCAAUGAUUGGAGAACAAUUUGAUUGCGGAGAUGAAAUAUGUGGGGCAGUCGUCAAUGUCAGAGCUAGGCAGGAAAAAAUUGCUAUCUGGACCAAGAAUGCUGCAAAUGAAGCGGCUCAGCUGAGAAUUGGAAGACAGUGGAAGGAGUUUCUAGAAUACAAUGACACAAUUGGGUUCAUAUUUCAUGAAGACGCGAUGAAGGAAAGAGUUGCAAAAAAUCGUUACACAGUGUAGAUGUAUUGCUAUCCGGGAUCAUGAGGAUGAACUAAGUGGCUCUCACAUUUGUGGUAGACAUGUUGAGCAUUUGUUGAUUCCGAUAUCACUAGUGAUUUGCCUUUUUUUCAUUCUUUUUGGUUUGUUAUUGCUAUUAUGAAGUUUCUGCUGGAAUUCAAUAUCUUACCAUACAACAUACAUAAUAAACAACCUCAUUUUAGUACAUUUUAUAGAACUCCAUUGAUUGAGAUGGAGGUUUUAUAAAGCUUGUGUUGGUUUAAGUCUGU